AUGGGUUCCUGGGCCUGGGCACCUGGACUACCUGCUUGUCACAGCCCCUUCUCCAAGACCACUGCUUGGCCUUUAGCCUGCAGGACAGAGCUGCCAGGCAGAAGGCGAGUCACCUCCCAGCGCUGCUCCCUUGAGUUCCUAGAAGACACAGUGGGAUGUCCUUCAGUUCAAAGAACCAAGCACAUACCCGGGUCCCCCAGACACAAGGGACUGAAGAAGACUCACUUCAUCAAGAACAUGCGACAGUAUGACACCAAGAACAGCAGGAUCGUGCUGAUCUGUGCCAAGCGGUCCCUGUGUGCAGCCUUCUCAGUCCUGCCCUAUGGAGAAGGCCUGCGGGUCAGUGACCUGAGGGUGGACAGCCAGAAGCAGAGACAUCCGUCCGGCGGCGUGUCUGUUUCUUCUGAGAUGGUCUUUGAAUUGGAAGGUGUGGAGCUGGGAGCAGAUGGAAAGGUUGUGUCUUAUGCCAAGUUCCUGUACCCUACCAAUGCACUGGUUGCACAAAAGACAGAGAGCCACGGCCCACCACCCCAGCCACGUCCCAGCGUCCCCCGGGCUCUGCCGGCGUCGAGAUACAAACCUGCUGCUGCCAAGUCAGCGCCCACCAGCACGGAGCUAGGGAGUGAUGCAGGGGAUCCCCUGGAGUACAACCCCAACCUGCUGGAUGACCCGCAGUGGCCCUGCGGCAAGCACAAGCGAGUCCUCAUCUUCGCCUCCUACAUGACCACGGUGAUCGAAUACGUGAAGCCCUCCGAUCUCAAGAAGGACAUGAAUGAGACAUUCCGGGAGAAGUUCCCACAUGUCAGGCUAACACUGAGCAAAAUUAGGAGUUUAAAACGCGAGAUGCGGAACCUCUCUGAGGAGUGCAACCUGGAGCCUGUGACCGUGUCCAUGGCCUACGUGUACUUCGAGAAGCUUGUCCUGCAAGGCAAGCUCAACAAGCAGAACCGCAAGCUGUGCGCAGGCGCCUGCGUGCUGCUCGCUGCCAAGAUCAGCAGCGACCUCCGCAAGAACGAAGUGAAGCAGCUCAUAGACAAGUUAGAAGAAAGGUUUCGGUUCAACAGACGGGAUCUAAUUGGGUUUGAGUUCACAGUGCUUGUGGCCUUGGAACUUGCUCUUUACCUUCCUGAGAACCAGGUGUUACCUCAUUACAGACGCCUCACGCAGCAGUUCUAGUCGAGGACACUGCCCAGCCUGCCUCUGGCGCCCACGCCACUCAGCGCACCCACAUUUGUAGGCCAAGGGGCUAUUCCCAGGCAGUGAAGUGCACC